UGCAGCCUAUUUUUUUAAUUCGUUCGUUGACAUAUAUGAGACAUCAUAUGACAAGAAGACGGAAGCCUAGAAGGGAAUAUAAAAUUGAAUCUAUUUUAGAAAGAAUUGAAGCAAAAUAUAAAGAGAAUAAAAUAGAAAGUCCUUCUGGUCAUAUGACACUUAUUUUUACCGGUUUUUAUGAUAAAUCUAAUAAAGGUACAGCUGAAACUGUUACAGUAGAAGCAACAUUAUUGAAAAUCUGUCAUAAAAAGAGAAAGGACAUUUCUUCACCAGUUAUGCAAAUAUCAGAAUUUUCAUCUAAGAAAGGAAAAACUUUCUCAUCAUUAUCUCAAGAUGGAUCUCCACAAAAUAUAAGAAAACGAAUGGGAAUCGAAGAGAAUAUUUCAGUUGGUAGAUGUGAAGUACCAAGAAAUCCUGAUCCAGAUCAUCCUCCUGCCAAGGCAACCGCUCUUUCCGUCCCAAGUGAUAGCUUCAGCCUUAAUAAUGGUCAUCUAGUCAAGUCUUACGUUUUGUUGUUACGUGUUGUUGUUACAGGUGGAAGGAUUAAACUAAAUGGUAUAUGUAAUGGUGAAUUGAGUGAUUCAGAAGAGCCCCCUCAUAAAAAAAGAAAAAAUGGCAAAGGACAGUUUGACGAAUUUCGUCAGUUUGGAGCAGAGUUAGUCGUUUACGACAAACAGCAACGCUGUUUGCUCUCGGAUGGCGAAUAUCAGCUAGUCCUACAAGAAUGCGGACAUCAAACAUCUCCUAAAAAGUCCUCGUGGGAAACAUUAGCAGAUAGUAAAGAGAAGGUCAAUGGUUCUUUUGAUGUAUUUAAUAAAGGACCUCUAGUAACAUUUCAUCUUACGUGGAAUGAUAGUCUGAUUAACGGUAUCGUGGAGAUGCCACAAACUAUCGGCUCAACGGAGGAACAGUUUUCACUAAGCAAAUGUCAAUUAGAUCACAAUUAUUUUCAUCCAUUUAUAGUCAAGAUGGAAGGAGAAACAGAUAAACCAAAGAAAAAGCUUCACAUUUUCUAUCAGUUUCAAUAUAACAACAAUACACGUCAGCAAACUGAAGCGAGAGAUGAUUUACAUUGUCCGUGGUGUUCUGUGAAUUGUAUAGAAUUAUACUGUUUAUUAAAACAUCUUAAAUUAUGUCACAGUAGAUUCAUUUUUACAUAUGUGCCUCAUUUGAAAGGAGCAAGAAUUGAUGUGUCAAUUAACGAAUGUUAUGAUGGUUCUUAUGCUGGAAACCCUCAUGAUUUACAUUCUCAUACCGGUUUUGCAUUCGGCAGAAGUGGACCCGUUCGACGUACUCCCGUGACUCAUUUAAUGGUCUGUCGACCCAAGAGGUUACCUCCUAGUUUAUCAGAAUUCUUGGAACCUGACGAUGCUGACAUCGACGGACCUCGACCAUACAUAUCAGGACAUAAUAGACUGUAUUAUCAUACGAGGACGUGUCUACCAGUCAGACCACAAGAAAUAGAUAAUGAUAGUGAAUCUGAGAAUGACCCAGAAUGGUUAAGAAUCAAAACACAACAUAUGAUUGACGAAUUUACGGAUGUAAAUGAAGGAGAGAAAGAAUUAAUGAAAAUGUGGAAUCUUCACGUUAUGAAAUAUGGGUUCGUGGGCGACUGCCAGAUUCCCAUAGCCUGCACCAUGUUCGUGGAGGAGCACGGAAGAGAGCUGCUAAAGAAGAACCUGUACAAAAACUUCUCGCUGCACCUGAGCAACAUGUUCGACUUCGGUCUGAUCAGUGCCUCCACCGUCUACACCACCAUGCGCCGGCUACAGAAGUUCGUCGGCGGCAUCGACGGAAAACACCCGCAACCGCGGUCUUCGUAACACGAGCUUAGCCUUUUCACUGUACAUACGCCCGCCGCGCCUAUUUUUAUCGCCGGUGGGUCGGGCGCCCGCCGCCACCGCAAACGCCCCGCCCCCGCGGGUGGAGUGCCAAUUUAAGGCGGGGCGGAUGGAAGGAGGCGCCGCCCGGGAUUUUAACCCCCCGUCGGUGGCCCCGUAUUUAUUUCCCCCGCCCGCGGCCGGAGGGAAGGGGCCGGGGAGACCGUUUUCCACCGACGGGCGGGAAGAAGAUUUAUUUAUUGAGGGCGGGGCGGGGCCAACUUUCGGAGUAAUUUUAAAAAGAGGAAUCGACCGGGCCGGCCGCCGUCCACCCCGGCCGCGUUUUUAGUCGGGUGGACGGCCGGUCCGGUCCGGGACGGCUAACCGUUCGACUGCCGCCGGUAUUUUUUGUCAACCGCGCACUCGGAGGACGAAACUGCCACAAAAUUGUCUCUCCGCUCGGCUUCCGCGCCCAACGCCGACUGCGCGAGUCCUUCCUUUCCUUUUGUAAUUAUUUAUUUAUUAACGGCCGACUUUCCCGCCGUUUUCGGGACGAUCUUCGGUUUUUUUUUCGUUCGUCUUUCGAAAACGGCUGGAUUUUUCCCGGGAAACGACGGAACGCCACCUGCCGUCGAAGGCAAAUCCCGCCCGAGAAUCGGCCGUGGGUCGGGAAGACCCCCGGCGGAGCCCGACCGAAAACCAUUAAUUAAAACUUACCCAACGUCACUCUCCGCUCUUCGGCGGGUAGAAACCCCGGCCGAGUUGUUUUAUUCGCCCCGCGCGUGUAUUAUUUACGGUUCAGACAUUCCUCGGUAGGCAAUCAAAUUUUAUACGGGGGACGUAGUUUAUCGUCCGCGUUAAAUGCCUUUUUUUAAUUUACUGUAAAAAAUAUAUAUAUAUUUUUCUUUUCGUGUAGAAACGUUCUGGCCUAGGGCUUUGUCGUUGUUUCGUACGCAAUUUUAUCGGUCGGACUCCGUCGUCCCUGUGACGAUAUUACGUGUGGGAGGUGCGCUAUUAACUAACUGCCUUUGGUUUAUUGUAAAUCCGGCAAAUUUUUUUUCUUUUUGCAAUUUAUCUUGGGGAAGAAAAAUAUUCGUCGCCUUCGGUUGGUGCGGAGUGCCUGCCGGAACCGGUCGUUUUCUGACUUUUACGUCUGUUUGUUUUUCCACCGGUUCGUAUUUAUACGGACUCCGUUCGUUCCCAAACCAAAUCUUUUCUAAGAGGAAUUCUACCAAACCGGAAUAAAGUUCUUUGCAAUUUUCCAUCGUAAAGCAAAAAAUACAUGUGAUAAUUAUUGAUUUUAUUAUUAUUA